AUGGCAUCCGUAUAUCACGUCAUCAGAGAGAGACGCCACAGCAGGCGCCACUUUACAACAGCAGGAGACGCAGUAGAGGGUGGGCGCGUCGACUCGCAGUGUGCCAUCGCUGCGGCGUUCGUCCAGCAUUAUAGGUCUUUUUACACUGAGGACCCACAGACUGUUCGCGAGUACGAAGACAUCCUGUGCGGUCUGCCUGACCCCAGAGUAGAGGCCCAGGACGACGCCCUGCUGGCUCCCAUAACUGCUGAAGACUUAACAGCGGACUCGGCACGCGGUGCCCCGAGCAAGUCACCAGGCCAAGACGGCUUACCAAACGAAUUGGCAGCAACAACAACACGACCUCAGCCGGCGGCGCCUCCAGCAGCACCAGCAGCCAGAGCCAGAGCGCGCCAGCAGCGCCGGCCGCCGGCGCCAGCCCCUCGAGCAGCGCGGGCCACCCCCGGGGGCGGCGCGCAGGCGCGGGGGCGGCAGCGGCGGGGGGCCGCAAGGCGAAGCGCGCCGGCGAGUCGCUCGACUACCUGCGGCUGUGCGCCGCCGUGCUGCGCUUCUGACGCGCCCGCCAUGAAGGAGCAUCGCGUGCGCGCGCUCCGCGUCACCACCACGUCCAGCAUCAAGGGCAGCGGCGUGGACGUGGAGGCGUGCGGUAGUCUCCAGCUGUUGCAACUGGAGCUGGAACUGCGCUGCACCAGAGCCGGGGGCUGUUCCCGGGUGCCUCACCACACGCUCCAUCACGGCACCAGCACAGCAGAUGAUGACCAGGACCAAGAUGCAGUGCUUCGGGAAUGUGCUGCAGCCAUCACUAUCGAGGACUUCUUCAGGAAGCCAGACCACGACGACCUGUCCGCCAUCAAAGCACAGAAGGGCGUGUCACUUCUGGGCAGAGCAGGAAUUCAGGAUGCCUACGAUCGUCUCUAUGACGCCCUUGUCGCAGGGGAAUCGUGCGCAGGCCAGCUGGCGCUGCAGCUGGCGGCGGUGGUGGGCGCCGGGGGCGUGGGCGGCGGGGGCGCGGCGCCGGCGGCGUGCGUGCCGCUGCUGGCGGCGGCGUGCCGGAGGCUGCUGCGGGACGCCGCGUUCCCGCUGGCGGCCGCCGUGGCGCGCGUCGCCGCCGCCGCCGUGUGCCGGCGCCCCUCUGAGGCGGCGCUGCUGCUGGCCGCCAGCGUCGCGCACCUCGACGACGCGGCCGACCUGACGCGCGAGCUGCUGCACGCCGGGGCGCCCGUCUGGGGUGGAGGUGGUCCAACAGAAGAGGAUUCAGAGGAUUCGACAUUUGCAGCCUUUCUGCGUGCUGUGAUGCGCCGCCGCCGUCUUGAUAGUCGAGCACAGUAUACCCUGCACUUGCUCAGUGAGGCCAUGGGGGAGCAGCCAGCGCGCAUGCACCGCACUGUCAUGCGCACGAUGUUUCGGCAUGCCAGAUGUGUCAAGGUGCUAGGCCCAGUCUUCCUCCAGCUGAAGUCGCAAAUGAAGCGUUACUGGACACAGCCCCUGGAAUUGCGUUUCCUUUGCCGCAAAGCCAUCAGAGGUGCAGUCGGACCUCAGCGUCUUGCACAAGGUGGUGCAGCUCAGCUGGGGCUGCCACCACCCCUUCAGAAAUAUGUUUGUUUUGAGUUGCAAUAGACCACGUGAUCAGUGGAGCAGGAAAUAAUUCUUGGUACAACUCUUUGAAACUCCAACAGCUUGUGUUUAUUAUUUUGAUGUGCACUUAUUCAUCUUGUGCUUCCAGCACUGAUCAUACUAGAAAAGUGCACACAAAUACUCCGAAGCAGAACUCUUGAAUUUGAAUUUCAUAGUUGAAUGGCACAUUUGCGACCAUGCAUUCAGUUAUCCGUGUGACUAUUGUAACACCCUUCUCUUGAUUGUAGAUGGAAAUGUGCCAAAGGCUACAAACGCUGAUGAAUGUUAAAUGACAGUAUUAUUAAUGUAUUGACUGAGCAUAAAUGUAUAACAAACAAGUUAGCAAGUGAGUUUGUAACAGGUGUCUUAUUCUUAGCACAGCACUCUUUUCAUGUAGUGAAAACUAAAUUCUGAUAAAGAAGAAUAUUUACAUCCAUGUUACCUGUAACUGGUCACAAUGUUUAAACAAAUUGCUCAGGAACUUUCUAAACUUACACAGGUUUCUUUUUUUCAUAAUUAAAAGAUGAUAUGAUCACCUAACUCCACUGUUAUUUGAAUCAGUAGUUAAUGUCAGUACAACAAUCAGCACAUAUAUUGGUUUGUAAGAAUGCUUU